UAGCAAGGAAUCGGGUGAAAUGGACUCUUCGAAUGGAGAAACGAAUGAAAAAGCAGAUAAAGUUGCUUCAUCGAAUGAAGCGAUUACAGAUAAGAAAGGUGAUGUUCACAGUAAAGCCUCAGACAAUGAACAGAGUGUGGAUGGUGACUUGUCUUCUUCAGCAACUACCCAGCCAAUUGAAAGCGCUCCAGAAGACGACAAGAAACGAGGUUGUGAAGAAGCGCAUUCGGACGUUUGUGAAGAGAUUGCAAAGAAGAAAGCAAAAAUUGAGAGUGAUGUUGAAAUGAGUGAUAAAGCAUCAAAAGAAGGAAAACCAGCUGUCUCAUCACAAGCAACAGUUUUAUUGGACGUUUGCUGUGGAACAGGCACAAUUGGUCUGUGUUUGAUGUCUUUGUUAAGAAAAUCGAAUAGGCUAUCGAAUCAUCAUUUGGUGGGUAUUGAGAUGGUUCCAGAGGCAGUCGAAGACGCCAAAGUGAAUGCUGAAACGAAUCAUUUCAAAGAAAAUGAGUGA